CGAGAUACCUACCUACAUUUUUUAUGUAUUAAGUAACUCUUAAAUGUUGUUAUUAAUAAAAUAUUAACGCUAACUGUACCUAAACUAACCUUUGAUCACACAUGCUUACCUUUGCUGUAAAUUGAAACUUUUGUUUUUCGUUAAAAUAUUGGUAAAAUUUUAUAUUUGCUGAUCAUAAGGAACAUUUUUAGGCAGUGCUUGUAAACCUUUUUCGCAAUGUUAAUUUUCACAGUUUUGCAUUGAAGUUUAUCUAAAAGUUUUUAACUUUUACGACAAAAAUGUUUACGAUUUCUUUGUCUGAAUUUGCAAAAUUUUGGUAUAAAUCGAGACCCCGAGUUCAUUAAAAAGAAUUAAAUCAGUGUUAUUAUACCGUGUUCAUCAAGAACCUGCAAAGUAUUGUGAUUGUGCUUCAACGAGAGGAUUCCCUGCAAAAAUCAUGUCGGACAUUGAGUAUUACAACAAGAUUGAAGCCAAGCCUCGAGCUGCCCGCAAGCGGGAGGACUUGGAGGACGACGAGCGCCCCAUUCAGCGACCUCGGAAGGCGAGCAAGGCGGUGUUUUACGAUUCUGAGGACGAGCAUGCUAGCAAACGUACAAAGACACUAAAGAAGCCCCCACCGUCUAAGCGCAAGUCUGCUGCAGGCCUUGAAAAAGAUCUCUUCGAUUCGGAAGACGAACAAGUUCAUAAGCGAGUCGGCAAAGAGACGAAGAGACCUGCAGCGUUGAAGCGCAAACGAGCUCGGGCUGACGGUUGGGAGCUGGAGCUGGACGACGAGGAAGACGUCGAGGCCAGCAGAGCGCGCGCCGCGCCCGGCCGCCUGCAGUCCGUGCUCACGCGCCGCGUGGCGGACGGCAACCUGCGCAGCACCGCCAGCCUGCCCGGCGACCUGUUCGUGGAGCUGCGGCUCUACAACGCCAAGGACAUCCGCUCGGUGGCGCCCAAGGAUCGCUGGGAGAAAUCGGUCUUGGCGCUCAAGUACCAGACGGAUUCUGACGCUGAGGAAGUGAAUCUCUUGCGCCAGUUUAUUAAGAGAGCGCGCGCAGAAUUCGUUGAGGAAGGUACAUUUUUCCCCAAUAGGAAGUAGGUAGAUUUAGGUACGAGU